GUACGACCGGUAGGGGCAACGAAAUGCAGAUAGGUACAUACAUUAGUAAAACGAUAAAUUCUGAAAUGUCUGCAAACGUAAUCGAUUUAUGUCCCGUUGGUGCUUUGACCGCUAAACCGUAUGCCUUCACUUAUCGAUCCUGGGAACUCAAGAGAACCGAGUCAAUUGACGUUCUUGAUGCAAUUGGUAGUAACAUCAGGGUGGAUUCCCGGGGAGUUGAGGUCAUGCGCGUCUUGCCUAGAAUCAAUGAUGAUAUAAACGAAGAGUGGAUUUCCGAUAAGACGAGAUUCGCAUUCGACGGACUCAAGAGACAACGUCUUACCAUGCCGUUGAUUCGAACCGGGGACAAGUUUCUGCCCGCAACAUGGGAGCAAGCCUUGGAACGCGUGGCCAGUGAAAUUCAAAAUGUAAAAGGAUCAGAAGCCAAGGCGAUCGCUGGGCAACUUGUGGAUGCUGAAAGCUUGGUUGCACUAAAGGAUCUUUUCAAUCGCAUUGGCAGCGAUAAUUUUGCUAUCGACGUUUUCAACGGCUCCAAGAUUCCCACUCACGGGAUCGACUUCCGUUCCAACUACCUCCUCAACAGCAAGAUAACGGGAGUUGAGAGUGCCGACGUACUUUUACUAAUCGGUGUCAAUCCUCGUCACGAGGGUCCUAUCCUUAACACCAGGAUUCGGAAGGGUUACCUUCAUCAUGGAUUGGAUAUAGGGUUGAUAGGUCACCCCAGUGAUACUAGUUACGAAUAUGAUCACAUUGGCGCUAGUAGUGACGCUCUCGAUUCCAUUAUAAACGAAAAUCAUCCAUUCGCAAAAAAAAUAGCGGAAUCUCGAAAACCAUUAAUCAUAGUGGGGAGUGGAGUCUUGGAAAAUCCCGAUAGCGCGUAUAUUUUCUCCGCGGUCGCCGAAAUAACAAGCAAAUAUAGGAGCAAGUUCUUCCAAGAUAAUUGGAAUGGCUUCAAUGUCUUGCAAAGGGCUGCAAGUCAUACUGCGGCUUAUGACAUAGGUUUUGUUCCAUCGGGAAAUUCAAGUGAAGUUACGCCAAAGUUCAUAUAUCUAUUGGGCGCGGACGAGAUAAAACCUCAGGACAUCCCAAAGGGUGCAUUCGUUGUCUAUCAAGGACAUCAUGGUGAUACGGGUGCGCAUUACGCCGAUGUCAUUCUCCCAGGGGCCGCAUACACGGAAAAAAGUGCGACAUACGUAAACACCGAAGGUCGUCCACAACUUACUCGGGCUGCCGUUCCUCCACCAGCUGCCGCACGAGAAGAUUGGAAGAUCAUCCGCGCCUUAUCGGAGGUUUCCGGUUUCACUCUGCCGUACGACGAUGUUCCGUCUAUUCGUGACCGUAUGAGUGAAAUUGCUCCGCAUCUUACCCGUCAUGAUAUAAUCGAACACACCAGCAAUCCCGAACUCGGAAUCAAACAUCUUGUAAAUCACGCAGCAAAACCAUCAG